GUCUCAAGUCAGAUAACCACACUAGGAUGAAGGUGUUUAUUGCUUUGACGGCCUGCCUUUUCUUGGCUACGGGAAGUGAUGCUUUUCUGGGACAUGUCGGGGAUUUCUUCAAAGAUCUCGGUCACGACAUCGGCCAGGCCGCCAAGCCAAUCGGGGAAGAGUUGUUAGGAACAUUGGAAAACACAGGAAAGAGCCUUCUGUCUCAGACUGUACAAGAUCUUCUUCUUCACCUGGGAAAUGUAGGCAAGAGAGAAACUGAUCUCAUCCAGAAAGCUGAGAGUUUCAUCAAGGGUGUUGAAUCAUUCAUCUCCAACAAGGUCACUCAGUUCAAGACUCUGUUCGGGACCGUUCUCAACAAACUGUCUGCCAUCCAGGGCAAGAUCUCCAACCUGUCCUUCCUCACCGAGCCGAUUAACAACCUGAUCGAAGAAAUUGAACACACCGUCGCUGGCCACAAUGCCAUCGCUGACAGCCUUCUGGGAAAGAUCGUCGAGGAGGCCCACAGCUUCCUGAAACCUCUUCUCGGCGACAGCAGGAGAGGAAUCCUAGACAACCUGGGCCUCAACCAGAUCGGACAGUCCCUGGCCAACCUGUUCAAGCCCCACAUCGAUUCCCUCAAGACUCUGGUGAGCUCUGCUGGUAAUACCCUGAAACAGCAUGCCACGAACCUGAUGAACGCCGUGAAGGGCUCUGUCAACGAGCUGGGAACCAAGCUCCAGACCCACGUGGACACCCUGAAGACCCAUCUGGGCACCAUCACCAGUACCGCCGGGGAGGCCCUCGCCACCCUCAAGGACGCCGUCGGACAAGUCAUGCAGGACACGUUCUCCAGUCUGCACAACCCGGUGAGUGGCAUCGUAAACACCCUAACCAAUGCCGCUGGUACCGUGGUCAACCACGUCUCGUCCAAACUCACCCCCACACAGUCCUAAACACGGAAGCGAUCUAAUCUGAUCAUUCCACAUGUAACAUCACGGGAGAACAAU